AAAAUCGACAGGCCAUCGGUUCAAGGAACACCAUGACCUCCUGGACCACCAUGAAAACGCGGAUAACCGCAUCGGUGCGCACCACCAACCGCAUGAAUGCGCUCCUCUCCGAGUCCAUGUUGAGCCGGCGGAGGGCCGCCCAAAAUCCGGAGGGCGAGGCAGCCGCCGGUGGGGAGGGCGGAGAGCCGCGGAAGGAGAAGCCCAAGAACGACUGGAAGUUCUUCCACACCAACUUCAAUAUGGAACGUGCCCAGAAGAUCAUCGAAGAUUGCAUCGAGGAGCGGCUGCUGUGGGACCGUUUCAGCCGCAAUUACGACUCUUGGCGAGCUCUGCAGCUGGUCGAAGGUCUGGCGGCCGAGAUACGCGACCGGGUCAAGAAGCUGAACCACAGGCGCCACCGCAUCGUCUGCCUGCUGUCCAUCGUGGAGAAGCAGAACCAGGGCGUCUUCCAGCGCAUGUGCCACCUGAUGGACGAGAAGCGGGACAACUUCACCCAGCUGGUCUUCGAGCGGCCCACGUACUUCAUGAUCGUGGUGGUGUACCUGGUCUACAAGGAUUAGGUGCGAAAUAGUUGCUUGUUAAUUACUGUUGUUAGGUUUAGUUAAGUGUAG